GCAGCUUACAAAAUCGGCGCGGGACUGCGACUCAACUCAAAUUUGACUCCCAACUCCCGCACCUAUCUAUUUUUCCAAGGCGAAGGCGAUUCGUUGCUUUCUUUUGUUGUUUGGUUGCUGGAUUCAAGCUAAAUUAUUUUUUUCAGGCUUAUUGCGGAGCUAAUUGCGCUAGCAGUUCGUCUGCAACAAAGAUCCAGAAAUGGAGGGGCACCUUGAACAAUCUCCAAAAUUAGGGCUUCCCAUUGACAGCGAUAGUGUGAAGUAUAUCUCUGGGUUAAGCACUAUACUAGUAGCUACAAUUCAGGAAGCAAAGGACAGAAUUUCUCAGAUAGAGUAUAUCUUUUGCAGCCAGCUCUACCCGAAUUUCCAGUUAAAAUCCAAUGGCUUGCAGAAAAUAUACACCGAGAUCAAGAAAGCUGCAGAAGAUGCAUGGAAGGAGAAGGAAAAUGAGUUCAUACUCCAAAUAGAGAAACUUGAACUCGAAAAAAAGCAGGCCCUUGAAGAGAACCAUUCUUUCACGCUUGAGAGGGAAAAGCUAGUAAAGGAGCAGGAAGAGAAAAUGAGUCAACUUCUUGUAAAACUAAGAUGUCAAGAAAACAGAAUUGAGGAGCUAAAAGGGGAACUUAUGCUGAAGUCCAAGGAAGUUGAUGAGGGAAUUGAAUUGCAGAACAAAUUAGUGCAGUUGGUUCAGACAAAAGCCUCUGUCAUAGCUAAUAAGAAUAAAGAAGUAAAAGAGCAUGAAGAGAAAACAAAUGUGCUUCUGAGUGAUCUGAACAGCCUGCAGAAAAAGGUUGAAGCACUCCAGCAGGAGCUUAGAGAAAAGACUCAGGAAGUUGCUGACGGGAAGAAGUUGUCGGAAAAUCUACUUAAAAAGAUUGAAUUGCAAUCCUUUGAUAUUAUGCAUAAUGAAGAGCAGCUGAUCAAUUGUAACAAUGAGAAGAAGCUAGUUGUGGCCAAUUUUGAGAAAUUGAAGGAGAGUUAUGAUGAACUCCAUGUGGUACAUAGGAAGAAGACAAAAGAAGUUGAGGAAGGAAGAAAAUUGCAGGAGCAGUUACUUAGACAAAUUGAUUUAAAAGGCUCAGAAAUGUUAAAGAAUAAACAACAGUUAGAGGAGCAGGAGAAAAAGAAAGAACUACUGGCCAAAGUAAAAGUUCUGGAAGAGAAAGUGAAUGAACUGCAGGCCAAACUUAGAGAAAGUGGUGAUGAUGCUGCUGAAGAAAGGGAUUCAUAUGAAAAGUUACUAAAACAGAUUGAAUCAAAAUCCGCUGACUUGAUGGCUGAGAAGAAGAAAAAAAGAGACCUCCUUGAUGCUUACAAAAGGCUAAAAUCUCAAUAUAACUUCCUCUGCAGAAAGAAUGGCCUUACUACGGAGAAUAUGACUUUCCCAAAUAAACUGGAAGAUGAGAGUGACUCAGCAAGGCAUCAUCACAAUCCCAAACCUUCUCUUGAUGCUGAAAAUAAAAUUUUAAAUACUCGAAUGAUUGCUCAUGACACUAAAGGAAUGAAGGAUGUUGGUUUAAAUGUUGCCUUAGAGGAUGGGAAAAGGGCCAAAUCAGUUGAAACCUCUAGCUCCCACUCGCCUACUUCCAGGUUUCCCACUCCAAAAUGUCCCUCAAGUGUGAAAUCUAAUCCUAUAGCUGGUACAAAGCGACCUGUUUCUGGUUGGAGAGAUACUAGGUCCCAUCAGUGCCAAGCUGGGCCUGAUCCCCAUGAUGAUUUUCUUGAUACUCCGCUUGAGAAUAUCAGAGGAAACUUGAAGAAAGCCAUGAAGGAAGAAGCUGGUGGUCUUCCAGUUCCGGAAGACAUGAAUGUUGAUAGCUCAGAUGAUGAGACACAGGAUGUUAGUGUUGACAAGAGGCCACAAGAACAAGAGAUACCGUUUCAAAUGGCUGACAAAGGAAGUUUUAAGUAUGUGGAACCAGUACGAAAGAAAGCAGACAGGGAAAAGUUGAGAGGAUUUGAAUGCAAUCAAUGUAAGAAAUUCUAUGAUGCUGUUCUUAAUAAUGGAGAUCAGGACAAUGAAGAUCACAAGAAGAAUUUCCGCUGUGAGCAUCAUGAUGGUGUAUCGAGGCACCGAUAUAAGUAUGUUCCUCCUAUGACUCCUGAGGGAUUUUGGAAUAUUGGAUUUGAGUCUGAAAUGUGAUUUCUUGAGCUCAAGACUAACUAAGCAGUUUUCAUUUAGGUUUAAUAAUCAUUCAAGGCAUAUUUCAGACUUCA